AUGAAUUAAUCUAGGAAAUUUGGGGGGGGAAAGUGUAAAGGUAACACACACACAAAUACCCAUGAUCUCACCAUUCAAAAAAAAAAAAUCUCAUUGUCCCAUUACUUUUCUAAAUAUAUAGGUAUAUACUUUUUCUAAAUAUAUAUAUAUAUUUUUUCUUUUUUAAAACUGUAUAGCAGAGUUUGUAGUCUGCUUUUUUCACUUCAGUGAUAUAUGUACUUCCUUACAACCAACAGGAAUACCCACAAUAAUAGUGCCUACAUCUCCAAAAGAUAACAGAAGCUAAGCAAACAUUGUUACAUAGAUUUUGGAACAGCUAUAAUUAUAUAAUGCUCCAGGUUAUUUUUAAUCUUUCUCUUUAUCUGUUCCAGAAUGGAUUGGUUUCACUGUAACUGGUGCUGUCGAAAAGAUGGAGACAAUUUCUUUGUCACCAGCUGUGGUCAUAUUUUUUGUAAAAAGUGUGUGACUCUGGAAAAAUGUGCUGUUUGUGGAACUGCCUGCAAGCAUCUGGCUCUUUCUGAUAAUCUGAAACCUCAGGAGAAGAUAUACUUCAAAAGCCCUGUGGAGACAGCUUUGCAGUAUUUUAGUCACAUCUCUCAGGUGUGGAGUUUCCAGAAGAAACAAACAGAUCUCCUCAUCGCCUUUUAUAAGCAUAGAAUUACAAAGUUAGAAGCAGCCAUGCAGGAGGCACAGCAGACGGUGACCAGCCAGGAAAAAGAGCUGUCAGUCUUAAAGAAGGAGAAUGGAGAACUGAAGAAAUUUCUUGCCAUCCUAAAGGAAUCUCCAAAUUGGUACCAAGGAAGCAGGUCAGCCACACCUCGACCAGUAGGCAUUACUUCUCCAUCACAGUCAGUUACUCCACGACCCAGUUCUCAGCACAGCAGCCAAGUGGUCAGUCGGUCCUCCUCGGUGGAAUCUGUCCCUUACAGAAUGUCUGGAUUUACUAGCUUGGGACAAGGAGUCAGAGGCCUACAAGGAAAAAGUACUCCCAGAGACUCAUAUAUUGAAACCCCUUCACCAGCUUCCACUCACAGCCUAUCUUAUAGGCCUUCACCUGCCUCUUCUGGACAGGGGAUUUUUUCUUUCAGACCAUCCCUAAAUGGUGGGGAUUCAGGCUACGCAAGAGCCCUUACCCCCAGUAAUUCAGUUCUGUCCUUCAGGUCAGAGGGAAAGCAGAACCCCACUAGAGAGUCUUCCUGGUUUCCAGCUACCAGUCCAGCAGGUGAGCCCUGGCUAGUCUAACUUGCCUGUGUAUGAAAAACUUACAUGGUUGGGCCUGUGCACAACAUACCCUUUUGGUCUCCUCUUAAGGUGGUAAAAUGUAACCAGUGGAGAAUGAUACGGGUUUCAAGUGUGGUAACCAAAUGUUCACAAUUUUCCAGAAUGGUUUCAAUUUCAAAGAUUCUUUCCUACUAUCAGAUCAGCUUCCUGGUUUGGGGGUUUAAAAAUUAGGUCACAUGGUAGUGAAUGCCUUUAAACUGAGAGGUCUGGGCCAGUGUGAACUAAGUGCGUAGACACAACUGACAUUCCCAAAAGCUCCACAAAAAAGUAUUUCAAUGGAAUAUAUCUUUUGGAUAGAGGUACUACUUGAACUAGGAAAAAUCACAUGUACUUCUCUAGAGAUGGUUAGAAUAAGGCUUUAUAAAUUUAUGGGACUAUGAUAUGUCAGCAACAAGAGGAAGAAGGCAUGGGAAUAAGGAGAGAGGUUUGUAAGGAGCUCUACAUGCCAAGUCCAGUCUUGCCUUUUAAGUUAACUUUUAUGGCCCAGGUUUUGAGGAUAUUUAGGCUCUUUUCCAUGCCAAGCUCCUGGUGAGCCCAAGGACAUACUAAGGUGGGUAAAUAUUUUGCUCUCAUAUUCCAAAUGCCCUUUAUUUUCAUGGGCAAGGAAUUAGGGUCUAAGCCGCAAGAGGCAACACUGGGGAAAUAACAUCCCUGAGAUCCUUACAAAUGGAGGGAUUUACCUACAGAUGAAAAAAGACUUAAGGGACAUAUAAACCAUCUGCAAACAUAUGGCCCCUAUUGGAGCCUGAUUAAAACUGUAUCACACACACACACACACACACAUACAUUUAUGAGAAAGUUGAAAACUGAAUACCUGUUGGACAUUUUAUAUUGUUUUCUUUUUUUUAAUGUUUAUUUUUUAUUUUUUGAGAGAGAGAGAAAGAGCGCACACAUGUGUGCAGUAAGGGAGGGGCAGAGAGAUGGGGACAGAGCAUCUGAAGCAGGCUCUGAGCUGACAGCAGGGGCUUGAUCUAACUCACAAACCGUGAGAUCUUUACCUGAAGUCAGACGCUUAACUGACGGAGUCACACAGGCACCCCAAUAUUAAGGAAUUCUUAGUUUUUCUGUGUGGGCAUACUACUAUUGUGGUUGUUUUUAAAAAGUCUAUCUUUUGGAGAUACAUACUAAAAUAUUUAGAAAUAGGAGGUUAAGGGAUUGUCUGGGUUUUGCUUUAGUAUAUAAUCUAGUGGACAUGGGGCAGUGAGAGUAGAAAUGAAAAAAAUUGGCCAUGAGCUAUUUGUUGAAGUUGGGUGAUGGAUACUCGUCAGUCCAUUAUACUACUUUACUUUUGUAUUUUUUGAAAAUUUCAGUAAGAUUAAAAAAAAAAAAAAAAGCUAUUGAAGUUAAGUGCCACCUCCCCAGGGCAUAAGAAUCCUGCCUCCCUGGUAAGCACAUUUCAGCAUAGUAGUCAUAGGUUCCAGGUCUUCCAAAGUAGUUCUUUAAAUAUUCUGCCUUAUUAUCACCAUAAGCCACUCAGAUGUUGUAGAGUUUCAUAAUUAGCAACAAAGGCUUUGUCACAGAUGUAUCAAAUCUUAGUACAAAUCUUGGAACAGUUAUCAUGCAAUGGAGAAAACUAUGGGGAAGCACAGUGGUGGUUUGCUGUCUUAAUAAACUUCAUAAAGUGGUUUAAGAGGGCCUUAUUUGCCCUUUUUGUUAUAAAUGCCCAUAUCUGCCUUCCUGUCCUCUGCUGCAGACUCUGUACGAACAGAGACAGAUGGGAUUAGCCAGGGCAAGAGAAGCAUGGACUACUUCCAGAUAGAUCGUCUUCAAGGUCCAAUCCAUAUAUAUUGCUUAAGGAAGGCAUAUAGCAUCCAAUACUCAUUAAGUGUGAUGGUUUUGGAAAAUGUUUCCCUGGUUUCUUUCCACAUUUCACUGUGUACCCUUAUCUGCUUUGUUCUUUACCAUAUACACCCUAUAUUACCUCCUAGGAAAACGAUCAGCAUUAUAUAAGGCUAGUUCUUCAGGAAGAUGUUUAGAUUUCUCCCACACUCAAAUGUAGCUCUCUCAUUUCCUACAACUUAAAACAAAUAUUGUAAAAAAAUUCUUGGCUCACUGGAGGUGCGAAAUCAUACACUUGUUAAGUAUGUUUUAUUUCUAGAUUUCAUUUUUUAAGCUUUGGAUGUAUUCACCUAUUGCCAAAGCUAAUAAACAACUCUGUUCCUUGUCCUAAUUUAUUAUACUACUUCUGUUUGUCUAUUGUUUCCUCUAUGCCUAGUUAACUGUUGAUUUUCCUUUCUGUCUGAUAACAGCUGGAGACCCAGACUUUCAGCUUACUAAAGUACACAGAUAAAAUAAAGAUGUCCUUUUAUUGU